AUGUGGAGGGCAGUCACGAGUGCCAGACGGGUGCUCGCAGGUGCUCAGGACGACGGCCGUCCCAGUUGGAACAACACCGCUUCGUCUGCCCAACAUCCUUCGACCAGCUAUGACCGAUCACGUCAGCGUCCCUUUGGCGCAGCAGUAGCGACAGCAGCAAGCCGACUGACCAGCCGGGACGAUGAGCUCGACGCCGCUUUUGACAACGAGGCCGAUGGUGAGGCAAGCAUGAUCCUACAACAGCCCUAUGAUCGGCCGCCGAGGCACAGCUCCGACUCUCUACACGGCGACGGCGACGGCAAUGAACACGAUGCUGAUAUUGACGACGACGAUGAUGAUGCUCGAGACGAUGACCAGGACGAUGAGGCGAGACCUCUGCGAUCGCAGGCUCACCGACAACUACCAGGCUAUGUCGAUUCAGGCAUAGCAUUGUCUACAGUCAGCAGCACCCGAAGAGCGCCCACGAGCAUCACGCGCUCGGAUAGAAGACCUCCCGGAACAUACCAUCCCGUCGGCUCGACCGCAGAAGACCACUCAGAUUUGCCAGUCCCCGUCACACAGCCGACCGCCCUGGCAGGCUCACGGAUGCGCGCUUGGCGACACCGACUGCUGCCGAGCUCGCUCCUUCACCCGGGCGCUCCCUCUAUCCACACAUCUCAUUCCGGUCCAGGCUCGGGCAACGAUGGCGUCUUUGCCAACCUGAAUGCAAAGCCGGAAAUGCGUCGGGGCGAGCAUGGCCAGCUAGAAUUCGUCGGCGGCGAUGACGAAGGGGCAGGCAAAGAAGUUCCACCUUCAUACGAGGCAGCCUCUGCAGACACGACCCCACCCUACUGGGAGACCACCGUCAUUGCCCCCUCUGGCUACCUAUCGGGCAGUGACGAUGUACUCGUAGAUGGUCUGCCUGUCGGCAACUUCUUUGCUUUCGCCUGGAACCUUCUCGUCUCUAUGAGCUUCCAAUUUAUCGGUUUCUUGCUCACGUAUCUCUUGCAUACCUCUCAUGCUGCCAAGAAUGGCUCACGAGCUGGCCUGGGCAUUACUAUGAUCCAAUAUGCGCUCUAUCUGAGAAGCAGAGCUGCCAUGAUUGCCAGAGGCGAGCUCGACAACGAGAUUAUCGGUCCAGGCUACGAUCCGGCCGGCCAGAACAGCACGACGGCAGCUGCAAUGAGUACAUACGGGAGCGGUUGGGGCCUCUUCGGCACACCAGUCAUGUCGGAUACAAACGCGUCGUUACAAGAGGACGAUGGCUCGCUCGCCGCCGCGACCACGCGUCGCCAAAGUCGCGGUGGUCUACCGCCAGCCAAUUCAUCGCUCUUCGCAGACGGUAGAUUGGGACGAAAUUUGACACUCAUUGGCGAGCAAGAUCAGCUCGAUCCAGAAGCACGGCAAGGCAUCAUCAAAAUGGCGGGCGCGGCGAAUGACUAUCUCUCAUACGUCUUGCUCCUCAUCGGCUGGAUACUCGUGCUCGGGUCCUUUAUCAAUUACUAUAAAGCAGUCAGAUACGCUCGAGCGAUCCGCGACUCCGAGAUCAAUGCGCGAGCGAACGCGAACAUUCUGUUUGACGCCACUGUUGCUCCACGAGCUUGGGGCUUGCGCCGCCAAGGAUUCAACAACAAUACCAAGGAGAGGAGCAAUUAA